AUGUUCGUCGACUCUGCAGCCAACGAAGCAGCUCGUCUCGAGUGCGAGCCGCCAGCCAUGGAGGCCGGCGAAACAAAGCCGUCGCACAACUUCACCAUCCCCAAGAUUGUCAUCACCAGGGCACCGGAACGGCCGCGCUACUCGGAGCCCAUCCCAGAACAGACAUAUGACAAGGCUGUCCUCUUUGUCCCCGUCAAGACCGAGGAGCUCAGCUGGGACGCCGGCGGCCUCUACUGGAACGGCACCUACGCCUACCCCGUUCACACCAUCUACAGCCGCGAGGGCGACUCCAUCGGCCGAAGGCGCAACGGCCCUCCAGGCUACCGCUUCUCAGAGAUGUUUGAGUCUCGUCCGCCUGCUCCCGCUUCAGUCGGAAAUGUCGCUUGCCCUGCUGGCGAAAACAAGUGCGCCUCACAACUCGGCGACGCUCCCGAAGGCAGCUGCGCCGCAUCGUCGGAAGAGGCUGAGGUCAUCCUCGAAGAGCCGGCGCCAACACCUCUGGCUCCAUCUGACGCCUCAGACGAGGUCGAAGUCGUUGACUCGCCUCCGCCCUCACCCUUGCCCGACUGCUCGACCCACGAAGACGACUGCGCCGACGAUGGCUCCCUUUGCGGCGAGUCGGAGACGUUGUCCAUCUUUUCACGCCGAGACUCGGCCGACUCGGCAGCGACGACGCCUGGACACUCGACGCCUCCCGCGUGCGCCAUGGACGUCGACUGCGAGGGCGUCAAGCCGGAUCUCUCGCUCGACACGAGCCUGCUUUGCCAGAAGCUGGAGGCCGAGAGCACAAGAGACGAGGCCGCGACGUCCACCGCCGAAGACGUCACACUAACCGCAUCACGGGACGAGGCUGAACAGCGCGGGCAGCAGCAGUCGAUGCCCUCUUCAUCAUCUGCGCGCGGCCGGCAGCUCAGUCAAGGCUGGACGCAUCUCGGAUUCAUUCCGCGCCGUGGCGGGCCCAGCGACUUUGCCAAGCAACGAGCGUGCACGCUCCCGGAUAGCGGCAAGGAUCGCUUCGGGUUCUCAAAGUCGCUCAAGCUGGACACGGCGCUCGACAUCUCGAAGAAGCAUCGGUCCGUCAGUAUGCCCUCGUCCCCCAUCCUCGACGAGACUGAACCGCCGGCGCCGACCCUCGAGUCGCCGCCGACGUCGCCAACGUUGCUCUCGAGGCCUCCGCUUGGCGAUGCCCCCGAACCGUUCCAGGCACAACAUCCUCGCAGCCGCAGCGACGGGACCAGCAGUCGUCGACGCAAUAGCAGCACCAUCUUCAGCUCGAUCGCGAGCGACCUCACGCACAGCGCCUUCCCCGCUCAGGCCAAAGGCACGGCAACGGGCCCCGCGCGGAGAUCGUCGCUGUCGGCCAAGCCAUCGCUGCGGCGCAAGCACCGCUACGACGAGUUUGCCAUCGACGCCGACUACAGCGCCGGCUGGGCGUUUGAGCAGGGCGCCUCCAGUCUCCGCAACGAGUGGCAGAUGUCCUGA